GCCCGCCUCCCCUCAGCCCGCUCCUUCCUUCCUCCCUUCCCCGGCCCGGCCCAGCCCGCCUCCUCCUCCGCCUCCUCCGCCGCCCGGCUGAUGGGGCCGCUAUGGAAAAAUAAAGGCUUCACCUUCUGAUCUGGGGCCGCUUCACUGCUGCUGCUUGCCCUCCCUCCGUCAAGAGGCACGAUGGCGGAGCUGUUCAUGGAGUGCGAGGAGGAGGAGCUGGAACCCUGGCAACAGAAGUCCAAACCAAUUAUUGUGGAUGACGACGAUGACGACGAUGAACCCAUCUUUGUGGGGGAAAUCUUGAGCUCUAAACCGGCCAGUACAUAUAUAUUAAACAGAGUCCACCCCAGCUCGUCAGGCGUGGCAAUGCAGAAUGGGACGCCAAAAAGAGGGUUCCAGCCGACGGCCCGACCUGCUGCGAGCACGCUGGCGGUUCAGCCCCAGCCACGGGCAGGCAGUCUCUCAGGGACUUCCCCUGGCCUGCAGAAGCCCCUUCCCGGAGGCUCAUCGCCCCAAGAAGCAGCCAAGCCGAGUGCUGGCAUCUCUCAGCCUGUUAGCAGAUCCACCCCAACUCCAUCGAUACCUGGGAACCUGAACAUAGCUGUCGUGGCUCAGCCUGCGGCCAGGCCGGUGGCAACGGUGACUGCGCAACCAGUAACGCUCCAGCGGGCUCCCCCAGCUAAUACUUCCAGCAUGGGUUUUGUCGUAAGGCAGAGUUCAGGAGCAGCCCACUGUCCAAGCGGAGUAGCAGUGACAGCAACUGGCUUGGCCAAGCGCCCAGCUCCUGCUGAAGUGAGCAGCGUUAGUCCCAAAAAGGCAAAGGCUGACGAGGCGGGAUCUGGGAGCAGUUCGCCAGUUACACCUUCAGUGAAAUCUCCAAGUGAGAUGCCACCGCUUCAGAAAGGGGUGGCCUCCUGCAACACUAAGAAUGGAGCCCCGUUCCCGCAGGCCUGUCCCAAGUGCAAUAUUCAUUUCAACCUCUUGGAUCCUUUAAAAAACCACAUGAAGUAUUGCUGCCCAGAUCUGGUGCACACCUUUCUGGGGGCAAGCACAACGGAUUCCUCAGGGGCAUCGGCUAAAAUGAUUGAAUCGGAGAAAGGGAAACUGAUCAUGUUAGUGAACGACUUCUACUACGGCAAGUACGAGGGCAACGUCCAGCAGGUGCGGCAGGAGCAGAAGACGCACACCACCUUUAAGUGUGCCAGCUGCAUGAAGCUUCUCAAGAACAACAUACGGUUUAUGAACCACAUGAAGCACCACCUGGAGCUGGAGAAGCAGGAGAGCUGGGAGAGCCACACCACCUGCCAGCACUGCUUCCGGCAGUUCCCCACCCCCUUCCAGCUGCAGUGCCACAUCGAGAGCACCCACACUCCUUACGAGUCCUCCACCAUCUGUAGAAUAUGUGAAUUAUCCUUUGAAACGGAGCAAAUCCUUUUGCAACAUAUGAAGGACAAUCACAGGCCCGGGGAAAUGCCCUACGUCUGCCAGGUGUGCAACUAUAGAUCGUCGGCAUUUUCAGAUGUAGAAAAACACUUCCGAGCUGUUCACGAGAACACAAAAAACUUGCUCUGCCCCUUUUGCCUUAAAGUUGUUAAAAUCGGGGCCCCUUAUAUGCAUCACUACAUGAGGCACCAGAAAAAAGGAGUGCACCGCUGUACCAAGUGCCGACUCCAGUUCCUGACGUGCAAAGAAAAACUGGACCACAAGUCUCAGCAUCACCGGACCUUCAGGAAACCUCCUCAGCUAGAAGGGCUGCCUCCAGGAACCAAAGUGACGAUCCGAGCGUCCGUCGGGUCCAUUCCGCCCGGAUCAGCCCCCCCGCCUGCUGUGGGCCCCAGCACAUCCACCUUGCAGUUGUCUCCCAAUGUGAAAGCCGCAAGCCCGAAAAGCUACACCAAGCCGAAUGUCCCGAAGGCGAAGCCCAAACCGAAGCCGUGGAGCAUCCAGAAGAAGCAGAGCCUGGGGCUCAGCAGCCUCAGCAGCGGCGGCAGUGGCAGCAGCGGGGCCAGCAGCAGCAGAAAGAACAACAAGAUUGCAAACACGGCAUUAAGUAGCCUCCGAUGUUCAAAAAUCCAGAAGUGCAUCGAGUGUUCCUCCGACAUCCGGACGUUUGCCAGCCACUUCCCCGCUUAUGUCCACUGCAGCUUGUGCCGCUACGGCACCAGCUGCAGCAAAGCCUACGUGAACCACAUGGUGAGUUUCCACAGCGCCCGUCAAAAGAAACGGUUUUGGAUUUAUAAAGCUCGUUCUGAAGAACUGAGGGGCAUCACUACAGUUUGUAUGAAUUGUGAUUUUGUCAUGGAUGACUCAGGCUUAGACAAGAUGGCCACCCACUUGAACGACCUCCAGUCUCACCGGUGCCAGGUCGUUGUGGAGAACGUGUCCCUGAAGGAUGUUGCUGCUGGAGAACUUUCUGACCAAAGGAACGAGUCGUCUUUUCGCAGUGAAGGCGAAGAUAACGCCCAGAACCUUUCCAGACCGGAUCCCCUCGGAGGGCAAGAAGGGACCGUGGCUCCUGCAAGCUCAGGAACGGAAAACUCUGCGAAAGGAAGAGAUGAGGCCCAACUUGAUCCAGGCGGUGAAACCUCUUCUGCUGAUACACAGGAAGAAAAGGCAUCUCAUCCAGGCCCGGACCACUCUUCCAGUCCGCCACUCUUGGCCCCAACAAAAGACCCCUCAGAAGAAGGAAACAAAGACAACCCUGAAGAUCAGCAGGCGCACAGUUCUGCGGCAGCUGGGAGCGAAGAGGCUGCAUGUCCUUUGGCACAGGGGCCCUCCUCUGGCCUGGGAGAACAGACCUCCUCAGAAGAGCCCAUGGAAAGUGAUGAGACGCGCCAGCCUGGAGAUCAGCUGGCCGAAGGAGCUGUAGCUGCAGAGGAGGGAGGGGAAGGCUCCUCCACUUCUGUUUCAGAACACGUUUCUGGUCCAGAACUGUCAGCCUGCUCAGAAGACCCAAGAGAGACAGCCGAAGAAGGAAGCCUUAGGAAUCAUCAGCUGGCUGAGGGUGCUGUAGUGGCAGAGAGUGGAGAAAAUACGCUUCCUUCCGUUCUAGAACCCUCUGCCAGUCCCGGACUGGCAGCCCUCUCAGAGGACCUUCUCGGAAUCUCCGCAGAGGAAGGGAGAGCAGACAGCUGUGAGGAUGGGGCCGAUGAAAGCUCCACAGCCGACAGCUGCAAAGGAAGCCCCUCCAGGGCAGAAUGCGCCUCUGGCCUGGUGUUGUCAGUGGCCUCAGAAGACCUCCGAGCCUCUGCAGAGGAGACAGAGAGCGCUGGACAUCAGAUGGACGAGGGCUGUGCGGCUGCUGUGUGUGGAGGAAGCGUAGCCCCUUCCCCUCCAGGGCCCUCCUCUCCUCCUGGGCUGUCAGCCUACUCGAAGGGCCUCCUCACGGAGCCAGUGGAAGAAGCCCCGGGGACAUCUGCAGCUGCUGAGUGCCUGGAGAGGAUGCAGGGUCCCUUGGAGGCAGGGCUCCCAGCUCCUUUGGAAGGCCCUGUGCCAGCGGUGUCCGAGGACAGCCCUGCAAGUCCGGUGGAUCAGUGUGAAGGGAGCUCAUCUGCACCGGCUGCAGGAGAUGGCUUCAGUCCAGAGGCCUUGCCUAAUCCAGGGGGGGUGGGAUGUGAUGCUUCAGGGGCUCCCCCAGGCGAGAGGGCAUCCCAGAGACCCCCAGGAGCCAGCCCCUGCCCCAGCUCAGAGGACCACCAGCCGCAACAGCAGGAGGUUGACAUGGAGGAGGCGGAGGAGCUCGAAGACGUGGAAGUGGAUCCCUCCCUGGCCUCUGAAGGUGACGUCAGCUUCGAGCAGUUCUUGAGGCGCAGAGAUGAGCCUGAGUCGGCGAGUUCCGACAUGAGCGAGCAAGGCAGCGUCCAUCUGGAGCCACUGACUCCCUCGGAAGUGCUGGAGCACGAGGCGACCGAGAUCCUCCAGAAAGGCGGUGGCUCGGUGGGCUCUUCCUCCAAGGCUUCUGGGCCGGGCUCUGAGCAAGCAGAGGCUGGUGCGUCUCCAGAGAACAGCCCCAGCCCCGAGGAGGAGGAGGAGGCAGAGGUCGAGGCGAGCCAAGCCGAAGACAGCCCGGAGGCCAGCUGAAGCAGCCGCGCCACGGCCCGGGAGUGAACCGGCUGCUGCGGUUUGUGAAAGCUGCAGAGAGACCACUUCAGACAUGGUUGAAAUGUAUCGAUCACAAAUGAAACUUGCAGGCCCUCUGAUCUCCAGGAAGCCAGCAGAGACCGGCCGGUCUGCCUGCCUGCCCUCCUCUCACCUGGAAGGCCAGGAGGGAAACGUGAGAGAUGUAUUUGUUCCGUUCCAAGUCAAUCCCCUGUAGACCUGUGGUGUGUGUUUGUCGUCCCGGAGUGAUUGUGCUCCCUGCAGAACAUUUGGCCUCCUGUCAGGUGGGAGAAAGAGGACCUCUGAAUGGGGGAUGCUGCAACCCCAGCCCCCCGUCGGGGUAGGGGUGGGUGGGCACUACAGCUUUCUGCACCUCGGGAUCGGGGUGAGCUGCUAAGGACGUCGGCUUACUUUAAACUUUCAGUGAAAGUGGAAUUAUCGUGAGACACGUCUGGUGGGUUUCCCAGCGUGUGCCAGCUGUGUGGGAAACCUGACACGCUCCGUGUAGAAACAGUGACACUCCCUGGCCAGCGUCUUGGAGGUUGUGACUGCUUUGAGUCUUUUUAUCCACAGCAGACCCCCAAAAGCCCCAAGCCAUCUGGGAAAGCCACAAGGAAAGAACUCAACUGGAAACGCAUAAAACUUACAGAAGCAGGGACAUCCAAAGCAGGUGUUAAAACAUGAAUUGUGGGAAGGGGGGAUUUUGGCAUGAAUUAUCAUUUUGAUACGUAGUUAGGCGAAGGAAUGCAUCAAAUGAUUUAAUGGUAGCUUGUGUUUAAGUAUUAACACCCCUAAUUAAAACUCUCUAUUUGGAUCUUUUAGGAAGUUCUUUUGAUUUAGCUUGUUUUUGGGUUUUGAUGAAUUUAAAUGUUUUGGAACAUCCAUUAAGACCCUGAUAUGUAAAUAUUUUGGAGUAAAUAUUUGCAAGAAAAUGUGA